GAAAGACAGACCCCAUUCGUUGUUUCCUGUCGUCCUCUGCGCUUAUCCGUGCCCUCUGUCUCAAGUUCCAGGCCCCCUGGGCUGUUUGCACAGUGUUUGCACCCUUUCCUGUAACUGUGCUGUAAGGCCAACUGUCUGAACUCGGCAACGUUUAGAGCUGUUGCUUGGCUUCUUCCUAAAACUUGCCUCACUAGCCCUUUGACACGAGCUCAGCUCCUAGUAUGGUGGCUUAUUUGUUUUUCUAAAAAGUCUGAUUUAAUCCCUUAGAGUUCAUUUUUAAAAAGACAGAGGAGUGAUUGAUGAUUUUGCCCAAACCCAACUAACUCAAACCAUCAGAAGUCCUGCCUUCUGUUUUACAAGGUGUUUGGAAAUGUGGACAGUUAUAGGGAUCAAGAGUCCAGAGCUGGUAGACUUAUCACAUGGAGUCUUGUCAUUGGAACUUGCUGCUGCCUAAAAGUUAAAUAUUUUAGGUUCAGUAUUUUACUCCAAAACCAAAAUACAAAUUAUUUUUUCUUACAGAAAGACAUGAGCAGUUAACUUCAAAGGGUUUAGUAGCAAAUAUUCUUGGACACUGAUAAUCCAGAUUUAUUUUUUCUAAAGUUCUUUUAAAAAGAUAACAUGAUGAAAUCAAAGCUGCUUAUGGCUUUCUAAAUAAUAGCAUAGACUAUUCAGUGUGGCUCUGAAAAUGGGCCGUCUCAAGAAUGGGAGAGCCCACAUAUUCUGACCCCAGGAGACUUGAGGGAUCUCCAAGUGGAACCUGUUAAAACCAGUGUUGCAAUGGAGGACUAUUCAAUUUUGAUGAAUAUAAGCUGGAUACUCCGGGCAGAUGCCAGCGUCCGCUUGUUGAAUGCUACCAAGAUCUGCGUGACGGGCAAAGGCAAAUUCCAGUCCUACAGCUGCGUGCGGUGCAAUUACACAAAGGCCUUCGAGAGUCAGACCAGACCCUCUGGUGGCAAAUGGACGUUUUCCUACCUAGGCUUUCCUGUGGAGCCAAACACACACUAUUUCAUUGGGGCCCAUAAUAUCCCCAAUGCAAAUAUGAAUGAAGACGGCCCUUCCUUGUCUGUGAAUUUCACCUCACCAGGCUGCCUAGACCACAUAAUGAAAUAUAAAAAGAAGUGCAUUGAGGCAGGAAGUCUGUGGGAUCCAAACAUCAUUGCUUGUAAGAAGAAUGAGAAGACAGUAGAAGUGAAUUUUACAACCAGUCUCCUUGGACAUAGAUACAUGGCUCUUAUCCUGAAUAACACCGUCAUUGGGUUCUCUAACGUGUUGGAGAACAAACUAUCUCGGACGUCUGUGGUGAUUCCGGUGACUGGGGAAAGCGAAGGUGCUGUGGUUCAGUUGAUUCCAUAUUUCUCUACUUGUGGCAACGACUGCAUCCGACACAAAGGAGCUGUUGUGCUUUGCCCACAAACAGGUGUUCCCUUCCCUCUGGAUAUGAACAGCAGCGUGCUGGGAGAUUGGCUGCCUCUCCUCCUCCCCGCUCUGCUGGUGGUCACGUGGGUGCUGGUGGCCGGGAUCUGUCUAAUGUGGAGGCAUGAGAAGAUCCAGACAACUUCCUUUUCUGCUACCACGUUACUGCCCACCGUUAAGGUUCUUGUGGUUUACCCAUCUGAAAUAUGUUUCCAUCACACAGUUUGUUACUUCACUGAAUUUCUUCGAAACCAUUGCAGAAGUGAGGUCAUCCUUGAAAAGUGGCAGAAAAAGAAAAUAGCAGAGAUGGGUCCAGUGCAGUGGCUUACCACUCAGAAGCACACAGCAGAUAAAGUAGUCUUCCUUCUUUCCAAUGACAUCAACGCCCCAUGUGACGGUACCUGUGGCAAGAGCGAGGGCAGCCUCAGUGAGAACCCGCAAGACCUGUUCCCCCUUGCCUUUAACCUUUUCUGCAGUGAUCUCAGACGCCACACGCAUCUGCACAAAUACGUGGCGGUCUACUUUGGAGAGGCUGAUCCCAAAGAUGACUACAGUGCUCUCAGCGUCUGCCCCCAGUACCGCCUCAUGAAGGAUGCCACCGCUUUCUGCUCAGAACUUCUCCGUGUCAAGCAGCAUGUGUCAGUGGGGAAAAGGUCACAAGCCUGCCACAAUGGCUGCUUUUCCUUGUAGCCCACCCAUGAGAAGCAAAGAGACCUUGAAGCCUUCCUUCAGGAUCAUCACAAAACAAGCAUUUGUGAUGAUCCUGAAGUAUACUACACAGCCUGCAAGUAGUCUACUAGUUAAAACAUUUUAUGCCAAUAAAAUUCUUGUUACAAA